AUGCCCCUCCAUCAUUUAAUGAUAGGCACCUGGACCCCGCCAGGGGCCAUCUUCACGGUGCAGUUCGACGAUGAGAACCUCACGCUCGAGCUCGUAAAGCGCACCGAAAUUCCCCACGACGAGCCGAUAUCAUGGAUGACCUUCGACCACGCGAGGAAGAACCUCUACGGUGCGGCCAUGAAGAAGUGGUCCAGCUUUGCCGUCAAGAGCCCGACUGAGAUUGUCCACGAAGCAUCUCACCCCAUUGGUGGUGAUCCUCUCGCUAACAACGCCGACACCAACACCCGAGCUAUCUUCCUCCUCGCCGCGCAGAAGCCCCCGUACGCGGUCUACGCCAACCCCUUCUACAAACACGCCGGCUUCGGCAACAUCUUCUCUGUCUCCACCACCGGCAAACUCGAAACCAACAUCCAAAACUACCCCUACCAGCCCAACACCGGCAUCCACGGCAUGGUUUUCGACCCGUCCGAGACAUACCUCUACUCGGCCGACCUAACCGCCAACAAGCUCUGGACGCACCGAAAGCACCCCACAACUGGCGAGGUCGAGCUCGUCGGCAGCGUCGACGCCCCCGGCGAUGGCGACCACCCGCGCUGGGUCGCGAUGCACCCCACGGGACAGUACCUGUACGCGCUGAUGGAAGCUGGCAAUCGCAUCUGCGAGUAUGUCAUCGACCCCGCCACCCACUUGCCGGUCUAUACCCACCACAGCUUCCCGCUUAUCCCACCGGGGAUCCCCACGCGAGACAAGGCCACGGGUAAGGGCCUGUACCGCGCGGAUGUAGUUACGCUCACGGCAAGCGGGCGGUACAUGUUUGCCUCGUCGCGCGCCAAUAAAUUUGAGCUGCAGGGCUAUGUAGCGGCGUUUAAGUUGCGGGAUUGUGGGAGUAUCGAGCGGCAGAUUCUGCUGCAGCCGACACCGACUAGCGGGGGUCAUAGUAAUGCUGUGUCGCCGUGUCCUUGGAGUGAGGAAUGGUUGGCGAUUACGGACGACCAGGAGGGGUGGCUGGAGAUGUAUCGGUGGCAGGACGAGUUUUUGCACCGUGUUGCGCGGGUGAGGAUUCCGGAGCCGGGGUUUGGUAUGAAUGCUAUUUGGUAUGACUGA